AUGAUGCUCCGAGUACAGAAGUACGACGUGGAAAUUAAGUAUGUCCCUGGGAAGGAUAUUCCACUAGCCGACGCCUUAUCGAGAAUAAGCCCAUGCCCAGGUGACACGGUACAAGGGCUAGAUGUUUCUGUUCACGAGCUGCACCUACACUUGAAUGCUAGCCCCACACGGAUUGAGCAGAUCAAAGACGCAACAAGCAAGGAUGACGUGUUGCACUCUCUCAGAUCCCUCAUCACACAGGGAUGGCCUAGUGCUGAGAAAUGCAAACUUCGUGCCAAAGGAUCCGUAUUUUGGGCCAAUAUCAGCAAGGACAUAGAGGAAAUGGUCAAGGACUGCCCUCCAUGUCAGCACAACCAGAAAGCCAAUAUGAAGGAACCCCUCAUGCCACAUGAUGUCCCACCGAGGCCAUGGCACACACUGGGAUCCGAUUUGUUCUUCUGGAACAACAGCUCCUACUUGCUGGUCUCAGACUAUUAUAGCAAGUUCCCAUUGGUCAGAAAGCUGAACAACAUUCGUUCUGACACAACAAUCGCUCACAUGAAGUCGAUCUUUGACGAGUAUGGAAUUCCGAGCAAGCUCGUUACAGGCAACGAUACACAGUUUACCUCAGCUCUAUUCCAGAAAUUCAGUGAGACCUACGGAUUUGACCAUGUUACCACAAGUCCAUACUACCCACAAGCAAAUGGUUUCAUAGAGAGGACUGUGCAAACUGUUAAAGCUCUGCUGCAGAAAUGCAAAGAGUCGAACACAGACCCACAUAUAGCUAUGCUGUGCCUAAGAAGCACAUCAUUACAGCAUAACAUUCCCUCGGCAGCAGAACUGCUCAACUCAAGAGUCUACCAGACCAAUCUUCCAGCAACGCGAGCAGCAUGCACACCGUGCCUAGUCGUGGUGACACUAACGCGAAGCUACAAGAGGCAGGAGAAACAGAAAUUGCAGCAUGACAAGCCUUCUAAGACACUAUCUGUGCUCCACCCAGAGUUUCAGCAGCGGCCAGGCAGAUAUCGCAUCAGAGCAUGCACCAGUGCUCCCAUCGCCUGA